UCAUUGCAAUUCAAACUCCACUGGGGUCGGGGUCAGUUGAGUUGAGGUGUCGAUGGAAUCAUCCUCUUCGUUCAGCGCCCUUGGGGUAUGGAAUUAUUUGAAUUUAUUUCUUCUACGUCCGAUUCUAGCAGUUUCUUUCGUUCUCUCCUUCAUUCUUCUUGGGUGGUUUUUGGCAUGGAAGUUAAUUCUGGUUCACGUGCCUGUGAUUCAAGAUAUAUUUGGCUUGCGACAGAAACGGAUCGAACCAAAGGCCACAAGUCGUGGAAGAUUCUCUGAAUUCUAUAAAACCAUCGAUGGCAAUAAAUCUGAAAAGACUGUCGCAGGAUCAGCAGGAGAUCAACUUUCUUGAAUGCUGGUAUGUUUGGAACGACAAGGGAAGCACCAUUAUGUGCAAAUGUACAAUAAUUAUUUGAUCCCAACAGUGCAAUCAACUUCAGAGUAUUCAAGAGGUUUAAACAUCGGUGACCAUGCCACAGAUUUGUGAUUUUCUUUGAUAGUGUUGGUGGUAGUUAUGAAAAAGUUACAGUGGUGGUAAUUCCACGGUCUCUGUAGAUCGAUAUCUGAGUGUCGGUUUUAGCUUUAUUUUUGUGGCAUAUAUUUAUAUUGUUUGUAAUAAAUUACUCAUCAAAAUAAAGGAAAGAUAGGGAAUUUGCAGCUAA